AUGGACCAGGCGAUCUCUACUCCUUUCACCCCUGAAAUCGAGCAGGCUGCUCCCUCGAAGCGAUUCUCAACGCCUUCUUUUACUCAUUUCAAGGGAGAUUCCGAUCCCGAGAGCCACCUAAAACACUUCAAAAGUGUCAUGAUCCUCCACAAGGCCGACGACUGGUUCCACACCCUGCCAUCUGGGUCGAUCAACAGUUUCAAGGAGCUUGCCUAUGUCUUCACUAAAGAAUACACUUCUUAUCGGACAAUCAAGAAGAACCCAGAUCAUCUGUUCAACCUACGCAAGAAGCCCGACGAAUCCAUUCGAGAUUACAUCAAGAGGUUCAAAGCAGAAAAGGCCAACAUCGUAGGGUGCGACGACCGAAUCGCAUCAUCUGCCUUCAAGAAAGGUCUUCCAGCAGAACACGAGUUAUACCGCGAGCUGAUUAUCACUCCCAGCCAGACUUUAGCAGAGGUCUUCGCGACCGCAGAACGCUACGCGCUCUGGGAUGACGAUCGAAUUGCCGCGAAGAAGUCCACUGAGCAGGGAGAUCGGCAGACCAAGCGGGCGGGCCUAAGAAGCGAUGGAUUUAGCAACAAGAAUAAGGACAAGCGCAGGUCACACCCACAAGAGGACACUAAGGCAGGGGAGAACUACACCAAGUUCACUAUCCCUAUACAUCAAAUCCUAGCCCAAGUGAAAAACAAACCUUGGGUAAAAAGACCGCCACCCUUGAAAGGAGAUCCAGACAGGAGGGAUACUAGCAAAUACUGUGCCUUCCAUGGGACGCAUGGACACACUACAAACAACUGCUUCGCUUGGAAAGCACACCUCGAAGAACUCAUGAGGGAAGGUCACUGCACGGAAUUCAUCGCUAAGCAGGCCAUCCAACAGAUAGAGGACCGCGACACCGCCAAGGAGCCGCCCCAAAAGGUCAUAAGGAUUAACACAAUCCUAGCCGACUCCGAGGAAUCUGGGUUGACCAGCAAGGAAAAAAAAAGGAAGAUCAAACAAGCCACUAUGAUCUCCCAAGUCUCAACCGACAUUCCGCUAGCAGAAGACGACCCUAUCAUCGGCUUCCAAAAGAAAGAUCUAAUUGGCCUUGAUCUACCACACAAUGACGCUCUUGUCAUCAGCAUUCAAAUCGCUCAGGCCAUGGUCGGCCGAAUCCAUGCAGACGAGGGCAGUGCAGCCAACAUCCUACAAUUGACAGUUAUCCAACAGAUGGGCUUAGAGGCAAAGAUCAAUAAAUCAGCCAAGUCGCUGACUGGUUUCAAUGGAGCAACAACGGUUACCGUAGGCAUGAUAGAGCUCGACGUCUACGCCCCACCUGUAAUCAGCUCUCAAACGUUCAUGGUCAUUGAUGAAGUCUCACCCUACAAUGGCAUUCUAGGCAGACCAUGGAUCAGCAAGAUCAACGCCAUCACCUCCGCCACGCAUCAGAAGAUUCGCUACCCAAUUCCUUGGGGUGGGAUCGGCCAAAUCAACAGCGAUCAGGCAUUGGCGAGGAAAUGCUCAGCUCAAGGGCUGAAGAAAGGCAAGCAAACACAGUUCCUCCCUGUGAAUCAAGCAGAUCUAAAAGGAGUAGAACAAGCAGAUGAGAAAGCAGAUCCCGUUCCUGACGACCGAGCAGGCCAAAAAGGAAAGGGAAUAACUACUCCCCAAUAG